CUCCAUGCGAUGACGAUUGGCAAUGGCAGUUUAGGUAGGCACCUGAAGCUGCGCUGGAACUCUUUCACGCUUCGUGCCAAUGCAACGACAGUUUAAAUUUGGUUGCCGUUCUGAUCGGUCGGGUCAGUCGUCGCGGGUUCACUAAUUCGCGGACAUGUGGUUCUACUACGGAAUUAUUCUCUAUUAGGCACCGGAAAACCAGUGCUGAAUUGUGCCAUUGUGCUGCCAAUUGAGAGGAUAUUUUUAUAAAACGGCUUUGUGGGAUCGUAUUAAUACUUAAUGAGAAGAGAAUUGUGAUUUUGUGUGAUGAUUAUAUGAUGUUACAAUAAUAAUAAGUUUAUCAAAAAGUGAAUUUGGGUUACACUGUGCAAAGAAAUAAAGUAUUAUUUUGUGAACGAAAUCAUCAGAUACAAAUAAGGCUAAGGUAUCAAAAAAAUAAACCAGUGGCUACCGCUUAGGCGACUUCCAGGCUUCAACGGAGGCUGCAGCCUCAAACCUACUUGCAGGCAAAACCUACUUUCAAAAUGAUAAUAAACAUCAGCAAACGGAAGCUGCUCCUAAUUUCAGGAUGCGCGGCCAUCGUAGUAAUUGCAUUAACAUUAGGAUUGUACUUUGGUCUCAAAGAGGAAGACAUUAUCGAUGUCAGGAAUGAACCGUCGGCUCUGACUGGUGCUGCCGUUACUUCAAACGGUGUAGAAUGUGCGCAGAUCGGUACGGACAUCCUGAUGCUGAAUGGAACCGCGGUUGAUGCAGCCAUCGCAGUAUUGUUCUGUGAGGGGGUCACCUGCCCACAAAGCGCCGGUAUCGGUGGAGGUUUUUUCGCUACGAUCUACGAACGUAGCACCAGAACAGUCCACACAUUGGACGCACGUGAAACAGCACCGGCUGCGGCCACGAAGAAUAUGUACGUCGACAAUAGCAAUGCUGCCGUUGAGGGAGGUCUGUCCGUGGCAGUUCCUGGUGAGAUCAAAGGUUACUGGGCCAUGCAUCAAAAGUAUGGGAAAUUGGACUGGAAAACGCUGAUUCAGCCUACGAUUGACCUGUGCAGGAACGGGCACAUAGUGUCCGGAUACCUGGAACGGAUAAUUCAGCCACGCCAAGAAAAAAUAUACAGCAUUCCCUCGCUACGUGAAAUAUUGAUCAACCCCGAAACCAAUGCAACAUGGCGUGAAGGUGAUCGAAUCAAAAGACUUGCUCUAGCGGAUAGUUUAGAAAUUAUUGCAAUGGAAGGAGCGGAUGCUCUUUAUAGUCGAAAUGGUACACUGCUACCUAAACUGAUGCGCGAUCUCAAACUAUUUGGCAGUAUUCUGACGGAAGAUGAUUUUUAUAAUUACGAACCACGCUGGCUCCCACCGGCAACAACCACAUUGAAAAGCGGCAACCAAGUCUACUCCAUGCCACUACCGGGUAGUGGACACGUAUUAAACUACAUGCUCAACAUUAUAGACGGCUACGAUCAGUUAACCGUCGAUGACCCCCUCACGUGGCACAGAAUUGUGGAAGCUUUCAAGCACGGAUACGGUCUACGUACCAAGCUUGGCGAUCCUCCAUUUGUACCGGGUGUGGAAGAACUGCUAAGGAAACUGACCAAUGAGAACUAUGCGGCAUUUGUACGCGAUGGUAUCUUCGAUAAUAUGACAUUCUCGAACUACGAGCAUUAUGGGGCAGAAUUUGCCAACGAAGAUGACUACGGCACUGCGCAUAUUUCCGUGCUGGCACCAAAUGGCGAUGCCGUCGCUGCAACCACAACGAUCAAUUAUGUAUUGGGCGCAAUGAUCCGUUCCCCUUCGACGGGAAUAAUUCUCAACGACGAGAUGGACGACUUCUCCACACCGGGAACAAUCAACUCGUACGGUCUACGAGCAUCCCCCGCCAAUUACAUCGAACCGGGAAAGCGCCCUCUCUCGUCCAUGUGCCCUACGAUCAUAACUGAUUCGCAAGGCGAUGUGCGAAUAAUCGUCGGCAGUGCCGGUGGUUCACGAAUCACGACGGCCACAUUCCUACUAAUCCUACGUCAUUUAUACUUUGGCGAAGAUCUCGAAACGAUCAUCCACAGCAAGCGGAUCCAUCACCAGCUGGCACCGAUGUCUUUUGAGUACGAGGAAGGUUUCGAUCAAACCGUCGUCAAUGAAUUGAUCGGGCGAGGACACGUCGCCAAUCAAGCCGCUUCUGAUUCUGGAUUUGCCGCACUGACGGCAAUUAUCCGGGAUAAAGAAGAUAAGCUUUGGGCGACGUACGAUCCCCGGCGAGCGGGUAGCACAAAUAUACUAUUAGGCUAAUUUGUUUUAAUAAAAUGUU